UAGGGCUUUUAAAAAGCUUCUAAAACCCUUUCCCUCUCUCUCUCUCUCAGAGUAGCCAUAGUAGAAGUAGAAGAAGCAAUGGCGACCGAUCAAGACAUGAGCGGUUGGACCGAUCUGCUUCACUCUUCCACCAAGCUACUCGAACAAGCGGCGCCUUCCGCUCAGUUCCCUCCUCUUCAGAGAAACUUAGAUCAGUUAGAGGCAUUAUCAAAGAAGCUCAAAGCUAAAACCCUGCGAACUGAGGCUCCUUCUCAAUCUAUUGCUGCCACAAGGCUACUUGCGCGUGAGGGAAUAAAUGCGGAGCAACUUGCACGGGAUUUGAAGUCUUUUGAAUUGAAGACAACGUUUGAGGAUGUUUUUCCUGCUGAGGCAACAAGUGUCGAAGAGUAUUUGCAGCAGGUUCAUGAGAUGGCAAUGGUCUCUGCCAUUCAGGAAGCUCAGAAGGAUAACCUCAGAAGCUAUAAUGAUUACAUGUUGAAAGUUUUGGAGGAGGAUUGGCAAAAAGAAAAACGUGAUUUUCUACAGAGUUUAAGCCGAAUUUCAACGUUACCCAGGACUAACAUGAUCGAUACCAGCACUGGGGCUACUCAUCCAGGUCAAAUGGUGUCCAUUGCAUCUAGCCCUCAACGUUCAUCUGGUCCAUCUAGCAUGGACCUUGUACCUCUAGCUAACAAGCCUAUUAUUGAGAAAAAGGCAUCAGUCUAUGCUGUAGUUGUCAAGAAUUUAAAUAAUGCAAGGGAGCGUGGCUUACCAUUUAAGCCUGCUACAGCUUUCAAGGGUGCUUAUGAAAGUUUGGGUCUUGAGGGAUCCAGUGGAAAAUCCGUUAACUUGCAGAAGAUAUGGCACCUCAUUCAGAUGCUAAUGGGUGAAGAUGCAACUGUGCAACACAAUGUAUCAAAAAAGAUGUCACUAGUCAUUGGUGCAAGGCGCCACCUGGAAUGGGGGCAUGAGAAGUAUAUCAUGGAUACAAUACAAAGUCAUCCUGCACAGGCUGCUCUUGGUGGGGUGGUUGGAAAUUUGGAAAGAGUUCGCGCCUUUCUUCGGAUUCGUUUAAGGGAUUAUGGAGUUCUGGAUUUUGAUGCAGGCGAUGCUCGUAGACAACCUCCUGUUGAUACCACCUGGCAGCAGAUCUAUUUUUGCUUGAGAACUGGGUAUUAUGAUGAAGCAAGAAAGGUUGCUAUGUCAUCCCGUGCUUCACACCAAUUUGCUCCCCUGCUUACAGAGUGGAUAAAUACUAGAGGUAUGGUGCCCGCUGAGACUGCAGCCGCUGCCUCGGAAGAAUGCGAAAAAAUGUUAAGAAUGGGUGAUAGGGUGGGCCGAGCUGCAUAUGACAAGAAAAAGUUGUUGCUCUAUGCUAUGAUAUCUGGUUCUCGCAGGCAAAUUGACCGCCUGCUUAGAGAUCUACCAAAUUUGUUCAAUACUAUAGAGGAUUUCUUAUGGUUCAAACUGUCUGCUGUACGGGACUGCCCGAGUGGGGGCUCAUCUGUUGUUCUGAAUGAGGGGUUGGUACCAUAUAGUUUGGAUGAUUUGCAGGUCUACCUGAACAAAUUUGAUCCAUCAUAUUAUACAAAAAAUGGAAAGGACCCUCUGGUAUACCCUUAUGUUUUGCUCUUAAGCAUCCAGUUGCUACCAGCUGUCUUAUACUUGUCUAAGGAAACAGGAGGUGGAGGAUAUAACAUUGAUGCUGCCCACAUGUCAAUUGUGUUAGCAGACCAUGGGGUCCUUUCUGAAGGUAUUAGUGCUGGGCAAAAACUGGGAGUGAUGGAUGCUUAUGCAGAGGCAUCUAGCAUGAUUAGGCAGUAUGGAUCCAUGUACUUACGAAGUGGUGAUCUAUCAACAGCAUUAGAAUAUUAUGCACAAGCUGCUGCUGCUGUGGGUGGUGGACAGUUGUCAUGGACUGGAAGAGGUAAUGUGGAUCAGCAAAGGCAGAGAAGCUUGAUGUUAAAGCAACUCCUUACUGAGCUGUUGUUACGGGAUGGUGGGAUCUAUCUCUUACUUGGUUCAAGAGGUACUGGAGAAGAAGGUGACUUAGGAAGGUUUUUGACUGAUGCGAAAGCAAGACAUCAAUUUCUGCUUGAAGCUGCUUGUCAGUGUCAGGAAGCUGGGCUUUAUGACAAAUCAAUAGAAAUUCAGAAAAGAGUUGGGGCAUUUUCAAUGGCACUGGAUACUAUCAAUAAGUGCCUCUCUGAAGCAAUAUGCGCCCUCUCACGUGGUAGAUUAGAUGGUGAGAGCCAGACUGCUGGCCUCAUUCAUUCAGGCAAUGAAAUACUGGAGACAUACAGAUAUUAUCCUGAAGUCAGUCCUCAAGAGAGAGAGCAUGUUUUAGCGCAACAAACCGUGUUAAGACAACUUGAGGCAAUAUUGUCAAUCCACAAGUCGGCAAGAUUGGGCCAUCAUCUAGAUGCUUUGAGGGAGGUUGCUAAACUUCCAUUUCUUCCAUUAGAUCCACGAGCACCGGAUGCUACCACUGAUGUGUUCCAGAAUUUAUCACCUCAUGUUCAAGAUUGUGUUCCAGACCUUCUGAAGGUUGCUCUUACUUGCCUGGACAAUGUAACGGAUUCUGAUGGAUCACUUCGUGCCUUGAGGGCUAAGAUUGCAAGCUUUAUUGCUAAUAACUUGAAAAGGAAUUGGCCUCGCGAUUUGUACGAAAAGGUUGCCCGAAGCUUGUGAAGCAUACAACAGAUGUCAGAUUUAGAUGCCUCAUCUGGCUGCGCAAAUGUAACAGGUUAUGUUGUGUUGAGGUAUCAAGUAUGUAGCUUUUCUGUAAAAAAAAUAGCCAUCAAGAUAGGCAGUCUUACCAUACUAACCAAUGUGGUAAGAUAUUAGUAGAAAAUUUUUAGAUGCGUUAAUGAUAAAUUUAUGAGCACUUUCUUUUUGCUAACUAGAACCUGUGUCUUUAGCCCCAAAAAAAAAAAAAAAAAAAAAAAAACUAGAACCUGUGUACAAUCUGUCAUUUCCAUUUUCUUCAAUUGGUUAUACUUGUAUGAUAAUGAGAAAAUGAGAAUGCUGAAAAUAGUAUAUCUAUCUUGCGUUUGAAGGCUGGAGCGACUUCCAUUGGUUUUAUGAGUGACCAUGGUUAUUUAUAAAUGAAAAACAAAUAAAUGGCCAGAUAUUUUGUGAA